AAAAAGAAUAGAUGGCUUCAUUUUCUUCUGCUCAGAGGAUAAGGCAUAGCUUUAUUAGCUACGAUGAUGACAAUCAGGAUUUCUCUGUGGGACCUGAGAAUCGUGCAAAAACGGCGCACCUGGCAGAUUUAGCAAUGUCAGAUAAUGAGUCUUCUAACCACGAUGAAUUGGAAUUCGAUCAGUCCGAUUCACCCCCGCAAGAGUAUCCCUCACCAUUCGACACUCUUCACGACAGUGGAAUUACUUAUAGACCGCAAUCAACUCCAGACAUAGUUGUUAAUGAUUCUACUCCUCUACUAUACCACAGCAAUGACUCAUUUAUAUCAACAAACAAACAAUCAACCGGCUUUAUCUUUAAAGCAACAAUGCAUAAGUUCUUCUUGGACUUUACAUCUUUACUCCCUGCGACAUUUUUAGGUUUGAUGUUGAACGUUAUUGAUGGUGUCUCUUACGGUCUUAUCGCUUUCCCGCCUGGUAAAACUUUCAGUGGUUUCGGCGGCGACGGUGUUUCAAUGUAUAUGAUUACUUGCAUCGUCGGUCAAUUAGUUUUUAGUUCAGGUGGUAGUAUCUUUACCGGUGGCAAUGGCACAAUGAUUAUAGAGACUGUUCCAUUUUUUCACAUUCUAGUCGAUAUCAUCGAAAGAAAUACUAAAGACACUCAUGAAAUUAUCGCAACUACUAUGAUUUCAUUCGCUUUGUCUAGUAUUUUCGUUGGUUUGACUUUCUUCUUGCUCGGUAAAAUGAGAUUGGGUUCUUUCAUUGGAUUCUUCCCAAGGCACAUUCUUGUAGGAUCUAUAGGCGGUGUUGGUGUUUUCUUGAUAGAAACUGGUUUAGAAAUCACAGCUGGUUUGAAUAACGAAGGCUUUUCCUAUUCUUGGGCAACGUUUAAUCAUUUAUUCACCAACUUGCGGGUCUUCACACAAUGGUUUCCCGGUCUUAUUUUAGCAAUAGUUCUUCGCACACUUACUCACUUUUUCACCCAUCCUUUGGUUACCCCAAUGUUUCUCGUUUGCAUCCCGAUCGUUUUUUACAUAAUAGUCUUGUCAGCCCAAUUACCAUUAGACAAAUUGCGCGAUCUGAAUUGGAUAUUCGACGUUGGUGAAGGUGCAGAUGUACCCUUCUAUAGAUUUUACACAUACUUUGAUUUCAGAGCUAUCCACUGGAAAGCAGUCGUUGAAACACUCCCAACUCAACUAGCUCUGGUUUUUUUCAGCAUUCUACACGUACCAUUGAAUGUUCCAGCUUUGAGUGUCAGCUUGGAUGUAGAUAAUGUCGACCUUGAUAAGGAGUUAGUGGGUCAUGGUUACUCUAACACAUUGGCUGGACUGUUUGGUACAUUCCCAAAUUACCUCUGCUAUUCAAACUCCAUUUUGUUUUAUAGGACGGGCGGUGGUUCAAGGUUAUCAGGGUAUAUGUUAACAUUCGCAACCUUCUGCAUUAUGUUGGUGGGUCCUGGUGCCAUCUCUUACAUACCCGUUAUGGCAGUUGGUACACUCAUUUUUGUCCUCGGUAUCGACCUCACAAAAGAAGCGGUUUGGGAUACGUAUGGGAAAGUAAACAAAUUGGAAUAUUUCACGAUUUGGGUCAUUGUGAUAUCAAUGUCAUUAUUAGAUUUCGUCACUGGUGUAAUUAUUGGUAUCAUUCUCGCUUGCUUGUUCUUCGUUGUUCAGAAUGCACGUAGAAGACCAGUGAGAGCUAUCUUCAACGGUCAAUCUUUGAAAUCCACCGUUAGAAGACACGCUAUUCAAAGAUCAUUCCUACAUAGGGUUGGUAAACAAACUCAAAUUAUACGUUUACAAGGUUUUCUGUUCUUUGGCACUAUCAAUGUGGUCGAAGAGAUGACAAGAAAUAUGUUGGAUGCUGCACAAUGGGAUAGAAAUCCACUGAGAUUCCUUAUACUUGACCUUAGUUUAGUCAGCGGUGUUGAUUUCAGUGCUGCUGAAUCAUUCGUCAGAAUUGCAAAAUUACUCAUUGCGCGCGAUGUAACAUUAGUGUUGUGCGGUAUCGAAUCACCUGAUUCCAAUGUUGGUAUUGCGCUAAGGAGCGUAGGUUGUUGGUCAGAUCGUGAUGAAUUUAGAUUGGAAGUCGCGAAAGAUCUCAAUGAUGCUCUUGAGUAUGUUGAAAAUGCAUACCUUCGUGGAUUAUAUUCACAUCCUGCAUCACAUAAGAAAUAUCAAGCGUUGACAACUACCGGUGGUGUUGAUUUCCCUCAAAAACACAAAUUAGCUUUUAGGUUGUCAGGAAGUAUGUCAACAUCUCCUCGUAAUAAUCUUCUCCAGGAUGCUGCUACUUCUACAGAAGCUAUUCAUCAAGGUCACUUACAUACACGUAACGAGGCCCUUAGUGCAACAUACCCUAAUACAACGUUCAGAAAUGUUUUCGAAGAUGAAGAUUGUGAAGGAGAUGAGACGCCAAGGGUGGCAUCGUAUGCAGAUAAUCUUAAUAAUGCGAGUGUUGAGCAAAAUCAUGCUAAUCAACACCCCCAACCGCUCAGUUUAAUCAUCGGUACCUUCAAAACGUACACCGAUGCACAUAUAGACUUCUAUAGACAACUUGCACCAUACUUCUCACCCCUACGACUCGCUCCCGGUGAUCUCCUUUGGCGUCAGCAUGAAGAAUCAAAUGGAUUUUACCUCAUUGAAAGCGGUAUUCUUAAGGCUUCUUAUAUGUUUGAUGGUCAUAAUUCACCCGUCGAUGAAACGAUGCUUACUGGUACAGUUGCUGGUGAAAUUUCUGGUGUAUCGGGAUCAAAAAGGAACUGUACAGUUGUUGCAGAAACAGAAACAAUGUUGUGGCAUUUAUCACACGUAUCUUUGCAAAGAUUAGAACAAAAUAGACCUGAAAUCCAACGUGAAAUGGUGAGAAUUUUACUUAAGAUCGGUUAUGAUGAAAUUGUCAGUUUGACAUCCUAUUUGGCUGCUGGAUUAGCAUAGAAACUGUUUAG